ACAGGAGAAAAAAACAAGAGAAAGCUGUUCAUCAUCUGCAUUUUACGUAAGAAGAGCGAAGUUCAAUCUUGCUGCAUGUCCUUAACCAUAUUAAUUCUGCUGAUUUUUGAAUAAUCUUUCAGAGAACUAGACGAAACCAAGAACAACCUUCACGGGAGCUAUCUUAAAUUUAAAAUGCAUUCUGAAGAUGAAAAGAAGCAGAAGCAUACUGCAGAUGGAAAUAGUCAUGAGAUCACUGCAUCCAGCCAGGGUCAUGGAUCUGAAGACAAACACAAGCAAAAGAAGAAGAAAGUGGAAAAGGCUAAGGUAGUCAGCCCGCUUACACUGUUUCGAUACUCCAAUUGGUUGGAUAAAUUACUAAUGAUACUAGGCACUCUCCUGGCAAUAGCCCAUGGAAGCAGUCUACCUAUUGCAAUGAUAAUUUUUGGUGAUAUGACUGAUAGCUUUGUUGCUUCUGGAGACACAAAUUUUCCAGUGAAUUCCUCUUCAGAUAUUUUUGGCAAGCUGGAAGAAGAAAUGACAAGAUAUGCAUACUACUAUUCUGCAAUAGCAGCUGGUGUUCUUCUUGCUGCUUAUAUCCAAACUUCAUUUUGGACCCUAGCAGCUGGACGGCAAAUAAAAAAAAUUAGAGAAAAAUUUUUUCAUGCAAUUAUGAGACAGGAAAUUGGAUGGUUUGAUGUAAAUGAUGUGGGAGAACUUAACACUCGUCUUCUAGAUGAUGUCUCCAAGAUUAAUGAAGGAAUAGGUGACAAAAUUGGAUUGCUUGUUCAAGCAGUAACAACAUUUGUAACAGGAUUUAUUGUUGGUCUCAUAAGAGGAUGGAAGUUAACCCUUGUAAUACUAGCAGUCAGUCCUGUCCUGGGACUUUCAGCAGCCAUCUGGGCAAAGGUUCUCUCUGCUUUCACUGACAAAGAACAAGCUGCAUAUGCAAAAGCAGGUGCUGUUGCAGAGGAAGUUCUGGCAGCAGUCCGUACUGUAAUAGCUUUUGGAGGACAGGAAAAAGAAAUUAGAAGAUACCAUAAAAAUUUAGAAGAUGCUAAACGGAUUGGAAUAAAAAAGGCUAUUACAGUUAAUAUUUCUGUAGGUGUUGCUUUCUUACUGAUAUAUGCAUCAUAUGCUCUGGCCUUCUGGUAUGGAACUACCUUGGUCUUAGCUGAUGAUUACACUAUUGGCAAUGUUCUUACAGUCUUUUUCUCUGUAUUGAUUGGAGCUUUCAGCAUUGGACAGACUGCUCCAAGCAUAGAGGCAUUUGCUAGUGCAAGAGGAGCUGCCUAUGCAAUCUUUAAUAUCAUAGACAAUGAACCUCAAAUUGACAGUUAUUCAGAGACAGGUUACAAACCAGACCACAUUAAAGGGAACUUGGAAUUCCAAAAUGUUUACUUCAAUUAUCCAUCCAGACCAGAUGUUGAGAUACUGAAGGGCUUGAAUCUCAAGGUUAGUUGUGGCCAGACAGUGGCCCUUGUUGGUGGCAGUGGCUGUGGGAAAAGUACAACUGUUCAGCUCAUCCAGAGAUUUUACGAUGCCAGGGAAGGCACGAUUUCCAUUGAUGGGCAGGAUAUUAAGACCUUAAAUGUAAGAUAUCUGCGGGAGAUUAUUGGUGUGGUGAAUCAGGAGCCCGUGCUCUUUGCUACUACCAUUGCAGAAAACAUUCGUUAUGGCCGUGAGGACGUCACCAUGGAAGAGAUUGAAAAAGCCACCAAGGAAGCGAAUGCUUAUGACUUCAUCAUGAAGCUACCCAACAAGUUUGAAACUGUGGUUGGAGAGAGAGGGGCACAGCUGAGUGGAGGCCAGAAGCAAAGAAUAGCAAUUGCCCGAGCUCUGGUUCGCAAUCCUAAAAUUCUUCUGCUUGACGAGGCAACAUCAGCUUUGGAUACUGAGAGUGAAUCAGUUGUGCAGGCAGCACUGGACAAGGCAAGGGAAGGACGCACCACGGUUGUAGUAGCUCAUCGACUGUCAACAGUCCGAAAUGCAGAUCUUAUAGCUGUGUUCGAAGGUGGAGUUAUCAUAGAACAAGGGAAUCAUUUUAAAUUGCUUGAGAGGAAGGGAAUCUACUACAAACUUGUUAACAUGCAGGCAAUAGAAGCUGAAGUUCCAUCGUCAGAAAAAGAUGAGAAUACAAUUAGUGUCAAAAAAAGUGGAUCUGAACCAGAAUUUGAAGAAUCCUUAACAAAAGGAUUGAGAAGACGAUCAACUCGGAGAAGCAUGAAAAAGCCAGGAGCACAAAAUGAUGAUCUUGAUGAGAAAACUAGUUCACCUGAUGAAGAAUUACCUCCAGCUUCAUUUCUAAAAAUUAUGAAGUUGAACAAAACUGAAUGGCCAGACUUUGUAGCUGGAACUUUAUGUGCAAUUGUGAAUGGAGCUUUACAACCUGCAUUUGCAAUCAUAUUUUCAGAAAUUAUAGGGAUUUUUUCAGAAACUGACAAGACCAUUUUAAGAGAAAAGAGCAACUUAUAUUCAGUAUUGUUUUUAGUACUUGGGAUCAUUUCCUUUUUUACUUUCUUUUUUCAGGGUUUCACAUUUGGCAGAGCUGGAGAAAUUCUUACAAUGCGGCUUCGAUUCAUGGCAUUUAAAGCAAUGCUUAGACAGGACAUGGGCUGGUUUGAUAAUUCUAAAAAUAGCACUGGAGCAUUAACUACAAGACUUGCCAAUGAUGCCUCACAAGUGAAAGGAGCAACUGGUGUCAGAUUGGCAUUAAUUGCCCAAAACAUAGCUAACCUGGGGACUGGUAUUAUUAUAUCAUUAAUUUAUGGCUGGCAGCUGACCCUGCUACUUUUAGCUGUUGUGCCAAUCAUUGCAGUAGCAGGAAUGAUUGAAAUGAAGAUGUUGGCUGGGCAUGCUAAAAAAGAUAAAGAAGAGCUGGAAGCUGCAGGAAAGAUUGCCACAGAAGCCAUAGAAAAUAUUAGAACUGUUGUUAGUUUGACCCGAGAAAGAAAAUUUGAGUUGAUGUACGGAGAACAUUUGCAUGUACCAUACAGAAAUUCUGUGAAGAAGGCACAUGUAUUUGGAUUUUGUUUUGCCCUUUCACAAGCAAUGAUGUUCUUUACCUAUGCUGGCUGUUUCCGGUUUGGUGCCUAUCUAGUGGUAAAUGGACAUAUGGAGUAUAAAAGUGUGUUUUUAGUGUUUUCAGCUGUUGUAUUUGGUGCAAUGGCAUUAGGACAAAGCAGCUCUUUUGCUCCAGACUAUGCCAAAGCCAAGAUAUCAGCAGCCCACUUGUUUCUGCUGUUUGAAAGAGUACCCUCAAUAGAUAAUUACAGCGAGGAAGGAGAGAAGCCCGAAACAUUUGGGGGAAGCAUAACGAUCAGAGAUGUGGCAUUUAACUACCCAAACCGACCAGAGGUCAAAAUCCUCCAAGGUUUGAAUCUAAAAGUGGAAAAGGGACAAACUCUGGCUCUUGUAGGUAGCAGUGGCUGUGGAAAGAGCACUGUUGUUCAACUGCUUGAGAGAUUUUAUGAUCCACUUGAUGGAGAGAUGCUUUUUGAUGGUCAAAAUGCAAAGACACUAAAUAUCCAGUGGCUGAGAGCUCAGAUUGGUAUCGUCUCACAAGAACCAAUCCUGUUUGACUGCACUAUUGCUGAAAACAUCGCAUAUGGAGAUAACAGUCGGGAGGUGUCACAUGAGGAAAUUGUUAAUGCAGCAAAAGAAGCCAAUAUUCAUUCCUUCAUUGAUUCUCUGCCAGAUAAAUACAAUACCCGCGUAGGAGACAAGGGAACUCAGCUUUCUGGUGGUCAGAAACAACGUAUUGCUAUUGCCCGAGCUCUUGUACGUCAGCCCCAAAUUCUGCUACUGGAUGAAGCUACAUCUGCCUUAGAUACAGAAAGUGAAAAGAUUGUCCAGGAAGCACUGGAUAAAGCCAGAAAAGGUCGCACCUGCAUCGUGAUAGCUCACCGCCUCUCCACCAUCCAAAAUGCUGAUAAGAUUGCUGUGGUCCAGAAUGGCAAGGUCGUAGAGCAAGGGACCCAUCAGCAGCUCCUGGCUGAAAAAGGCAUCUACUAUUCUUUGGUCAAUGUUCAAAGUGGGCCAUGCAACAUGUAAAUUAAAGGCAGUAGUUAUGCCUCACUUGUCACUGUAAUUAUUUCAGUAUCAAUAGUCAGUCUUGAUACUUUUGGUUUCCUCCUUCCUUUCAUAAAUCCUACAAAACCAAGAAAUACUAAGUAAAUAGAUACCAGUUUCUCACUACUACUUUUCAUUAUUCAAACCACUCUACUAUGUGGCUGAAGCAGAGGCCUAUUGCAUUCAUAAAAGUAGAAGCAUGCUAAGCCAAAUGUCAUUAAUAUUAGCUUGCUUUGAACUCUGUCAAAAUCAGACUAAUCAAGCAUGUCUGGUAAACAACCUGUAGACAUUUUCAUGCUCAGUAAAAAUGGUUUUGCUGUUGCCAGAAACAAACCUCAAGCCUUAUUCUCACUCUGUAAGGCAGUCAGUCCUGGCCUAUUAGGCUUGUUACCAACUUGUUACGAGAACUUGCAGGUCAGUUGGAGCUUGAUGCCAGAUGUCUCUUGUUACAGUGUGGAGUUUUAGCCUGGGAUGACAGCAAAGGUCUUGAAAAUAUGGGCACAGGCUGAAAACAAAGGUUCCAAAACUGUAAGUACCUCACUGAUGGACAGUUACUGAUCAUUGAAGAGGUGCAACCUUAACAGCUGGGAAAAGACUGCGUUAAGUAUAACACAAAAAAGAAGCAGCAGAUAAGAAAAAUCCCACAACUGAUGGGCAGGGCAAGGUAAGGCAAGGCACCUGCUGUAGCCUGGGAAAGUAGUAUCUGCAAGUCUCCCAAAGUCCUAGGGGUCAGAAGUCAAGGGCUAAGAACUCUGUAUAUUGUAUAAAAGGUGAAAGUCUUGAAUUUGGGCUUGGAGGAGGGGGAAGGAAGGACACCCUUUUCAGUGUUAGCUUCCUUCAUUGAAGAGUUUUUGAACCUGAUCACCCUGAUGACUAAGACUCUCAAGGACUGUAACCAUCAGUGCUAACUACAUGGCAUCAGCUCUGUGGUAUUGUAUAUUAGUUGCUAAUUUAGGAUGACUGUUAAGGAUGAACUGCUUUGAAUAUGUAGUAAUAGUGAUCAAUAAUUAUUAAGAACUAACCAUUAGCAAUGUAUAUUGUUAAUGAAUACCUGUGCAAUAAAGUUUUGGUUUUA